GAUCGACUUUAGCAGUUAAUAUAUCGAGCUAAUGUGAGCUAGCCGCCUUUUUGUUACCGUCCUUAGUUUAUAGAAGGAGAAACUGGCGGUUUUUCGUCUGGAAACUUGAUAACAAUAACGCGGGGUUUUCUAAAGCUCUGAGUCAAUUAUGCAUGGAAAAUGAAAAUGCAGUCUCACACGAGGCAUGUGGAUCGGACAGUUCCUGCCAGAAGCUAACUGCAAUUACAAGACAUCCUUUAGAAAUUCCCCUGCUGUGGUGAAACUCUUCCUUGUUUACCACAUAAUUCAUCAUGUCAUUACCAAAGGACUCAUGGAGCCGAGGGAAAGAUCGAGAAAGGGGGGCUCGUCCAAAGGUCAGACAAAGCAGGUCAGAGGAGAGACGGGAUGCUGGUAGCGGACGGAAAGGUGGAAAGGGCAAGAAAAAAGGCCUGACCUCUCAUGAACCAGUAGCUGAGAGGCCUGUCAGCGAUGGCUUUGAGUAUGGAGAGCUGUUAAGUGACCUUGAGAACAGGGAUCAAACUUCCUCUUCUCCUCUGAGGGAGAACUGGAGAUGGCAGGGUUUGGAAGUUGCUGCCUCAUUACUCGGACAAGAGCGGGUAACAGCCAGGCCAGGACCUGUUAGCUCUGCUACAGACUUGCCUGCACCCAGUGAAGGUGAGGGAAGAGGGUCAAGCAGCAGUCGCACUCUCCGUCAAAAAAUCCAGGAUGCUAUGGGGCAGUGUUUCCCAAUAAAAUCCCACAGUGCGACAGCACCCACACCACCUCCACAAGCUCUUUCAUCAUCAAGUGUCUGUGCCUCCUCCAGGCGUAAAAUCCAUCUGAGUGAGUUAAUGUUGGACGACUGCCCUUUCCCUGUAGGAUCAGAGCUGGCUCAGAAGUGGUAUCUCAUUAAGCAGCACACAGCCCCCAUCACCCAGCCCCCCAUGAUUGAUUCCUCAGUAGUAUGCAGUGUUCCUACUUCAGCCAUGGCUACUGUGGUGGAGGAUGUAGAUGACAGGUUGCGAGAGCGCAGGCGCAUCAGCAUUGAACAAGGUGUUGAGCCACCACCAAAUGCAGAAAUCCACACGUUUGAAGUAACAGCACAAAUUAACCCUUUAUACAAACAUGGCCCGAAGCUGGCACAUGGUAUGAAUGAGCUAACCGGGGCUGACAGAGCUUCCGCUCAUCAGCAACAGCAGCUUCUUCUCCAAAGGCAGCAGCAGCACCAGCUCCUCCUGCAGAGUUGUUUGGAUACUCUGGAUGAGGUGGUGGCCACAGCCUCAGCCUCCGCCUCCGCCUCUGCCUCCGUCCACACCUGUGAAACCAUUUCUGACCCUCUGGUUGACCCAGAGGUUACAGCGACCAGCAUGCCUUCUAGAGCUAUACUUCCUCAGACGGAGAAUCACAAAUCUCACGAUAGCUACCGCAUCCACACCCAGAUCGAUUACAUUCACUGUUUAGUUCCAGACCUGCUGGAGAUCACAAACCUGCCGUGUUACUGGGGGGUUAUGGACCGCUACGAGGCAGAGAGACUGCUAGAGGGAAAACCAGAAGGCACCUUCCUCUUGCGUGACUCUGCGCAGGAAGACUACCUCUUCUCCGUCAGCUUCCGCCGCUAUGGCCGUUCGCUACAUGCUCGAAUUGAACAGUGGAACCACAACUUCAGCUUUGACGUGCACGACCCCAGUGUCUUCCAUGCUCCUACAGUGACAGGCUUACUGGAGCACUACAAGGACCCCAACUCCUGCAUGUUUUUCGAGCCGCUAUUGUCCAACCCUAUCCACCGCACACAGCCUUUCACCCUUCAACACAUAUGUAGAGCGACCAUAAGCAGCUGCACAACCUAUGAUGGCAUUAACAUGCUUCCCAUUCCAAAUGCUUUGAAAAAGCACCUGAAAGAAUACCACUACAAGCAGAGAGUAAGAGUACGGCGAAUGGACACCUGGUGGGAAUGAAGAACAAUAAUAUAAUCCAGACUUAUAUAAAUGACUAAAUACUAACACAGCUGUCCCUGAAGUGAACGCCGAGGCUUGUUCUUCACUCAUAUCUGGUUGGCACUAAUCUGCACUGCACUGUACUUAUUUAUUUUUAUUCCUGCUGUAUCUGUUUUAACAAUUGUAUACCACACUGACAUGACACGUUAUAAUCUCACUUAACUUGUACACAAAAAGUUCUUAAGCUCAAAUUAAAAAACUUAUCAAAGUC